AUGUACAUCUAUGAACGAUUUAAUCAUGAUGUGCAUUCUCGGGAGCUAGACUGCUCUGGUAUGGAAGGUGAAGGCACCACGAAAGCAGAUGGCCCUGUGAAGCCAGGCCAUCCCUUGAAACCCUUUGCUUAUGUGAAACCUAUCAGAUGUGAGACGCCAGCAUUCACAGCUCAUCAUAGAGAGAGAAGCCAAGGCCACCGUGGGAGAAGAAGUCAGCAGGCACCUGGGGCAGGACUGCAGGAGCUACCCAAUGCCUCUGGGUAUUGGGUUCUCACGAAUUCCCCAACUUCAUCCAUCUAUCCCUGCUUAGGGUUCAGACCCUUGGAGGGCUCAACUUUGCUCUUCACACAGACCCCUUCUGGUACCUUUGUGUACGGGGUCCCAGAAUUUUUCACCCACAUUGCACACUGA